GGCGAGGAUGCAAUGGCUAAGAAUCAAGAAACAAAAGACAAGAUGCUAGCGGGAGGCACUAUCGCCUUAUACCCUCUCAAUUUGGAACGUUGACAAAACCAUUUCCCGCCAUAUCAUAGUUGAAACCACCCAUAGUCACAUCAGCCAAUAUGACCGUCACAUACGACCCGAUCACGCUUAGUCUCUUUGCGAACCGCUUUAUGAGCGUCGCGGAGGCGAUGGGACGCUCGCUGCAGCAGACCUCCAUUUCAACCAACAUUAAGGAGCGUCUGGAUUACUCUUGUGCACUCUUCAGUCACACUGGUGAUCUUGUCGCGAAUGCGCCUUUCAUCCCUGUUCACCUGGGAUCCAUGUCUUUCGCCGUCAAGUAUCAGCUUCAACACUGGAAGUCUGACCUCAAGUCCGGAGAUGUGCUGCUGGCCAACUCGCCUAUCGCAGGCGGGUCCCAUCUACCCGACUUGACAGUCAUCACUCCCGUGUUUGAUCCGACUCUGGGCAAGGAGGGCCAGAUCAUCUUCUUCACAGCUUCACGAGCACACCACUCAGAUAUUGGUGGUAUCACCGGAGGUUCGAUGCCAGCGACAAGUACUACCCUUAUCGAGGAAGGUGCCGAGAUUGUGUCUUUCAAGCUUGUCUCAGGGGGUAAAUUCAACGCUACUGAGCUGUACCGUCUGCUCGUCGAGGAGCCAGCCAAGUUCCCUGGGUGCAGCGGAUGCAGGAACUACCGCGAUGUCGAGAGCGAUAUCAAAGCUCAAAUCGCUGCAAACCACAAGGGCUCGCAACUGCUUCAUUCUCUAGUCGGCGAACAUGGCCUCGAAGUGGUGCAUGGAUACAUGCGAUUCGUGCAGGAGAAUGCAGAGCAGGCGGUGCGGAAAAUGCUGCGUAAGGCAGCGCAGGAAAGCAAUGUGCUUGUGGCGGUCGACUACCUGGACGACGGUUCACCCAUCUGCCUCAAAGUUACCAUUGACGAGAAGAAGGGCUCGGCAGUCUUUGACUUCACCGGCACUGGCCCUGAAGUCCGGGGCAAUCUGAACGCGCCGAUCGCUGUCGUGCACUCGGCCAUCAUCUACUGCAUGCGCGCAAUGGUAAACCAAGACAUCCCUCUCAAUGCUGGCUGCCUCGUCCCUCUUAACAUCAUCAUCCCCGACGAGAGUCUUCUCAACCCGUCACCCGAAGCUGCCGUCUGCGCCGGAAACGUCCUCACAUCGCAGCGUAUCACCGAUGUCGUGCUCAAGGCUUUCAACGCUUGCGCCGCCAGCCAGGGGUGCUGCAACAAUUUAUCUUUCGGCGUUGGGGGAAAGGACCUCAUCACUGGUGAGGUGAAGAGCGGUUGGGGCUAUUACGAGACCAUUGCUGGAGGAAGUGGAGCUGGUCCGGAUUGGGAUGGUACUUCAGGCGUUCACUGCCAUAUGACCAAUACUCGUAUCACCGACCCCGAGAUUCUCGAGCGACGUUACCCCGUCAUCCUCAGACAGUUUGGUUACCGCCCGAACUCUGGUGGAGAAGGUGCGUACCACGGCGGCAACGGUGUCAUCCGAGACCUCGAGUUCCUUCAGCCCAUUCAAGUGUCUAUGCUCUCCGAGAGGAGAUCACGAGCACCAUAUGGUCUCGCCGGGGGCGCCAACGGCAAGACAGGUGUCAACACAUGGAUCAAGCUGCCUACAGCGGCUAACGGCAAGACAAGGCGUGUCAACAUUGGCGGUAAAGCGACGGUGCAGUUUGGCGCAGGCGACAGGUUGCUCAUCCAAACACCAGGAGGAGGUGGAUGGGGCCGAGUAGCAAGUCGCAAGGCGCAAACAAUCACCGUGCCACAAGUACAGUGGGAAGCGAGGGGCAGUCUGGCAGAGAGGGCGUUGUCCGAGGCGGCGUUCGGGGCAUGAGCAGGUUGAUGCGUGGGUUCUUCAUUAGAUGCCAUUUAAAUCGGUAUUAGUUGGAGA